AUGGUGGACAUAACCCUAUUCGCAGGGGGGCUUACUCCCGCAUUCCCUGCAUUCACUUGGCUAUAUGACGGUUUUAAGACCAGGUUGGUCGAACCCGAGCUCUGGCGCAGUUUCUUGGGGAGCAGUUGUGAUGCCACACUUUGCUUCAGCAUUCCUCAGGCUUGCCACAGCUCCGAGGUCAAACGAAAUAGGCUUGACUUUGGCAGUGAACAGGAUGGAGAUGUGGAUGAAGGAGAUAGGGCGGAAGAACUCGAGGCCCUCAGGCUCGUCAGGCUAGCUGUGGACACCGAUGAAGUUUCUGGUGGAACUGAAAGACAAAAGGAUGAGCUUCUCCGAUCAACGUUUGCCAACGGCUUUAAGUCCUUUCACAUACCUAUAGUUGAUAUGACGACAGGCAUCGGUUCACUGAGGACAAGGAUGCACUACACCAAGCCUGAUCUACGUGCACGUAAAUUUGAUAAAAUUAAGAGCUGGCUGAACUUGAAGAUCCCGGCCAUCCGCGUGUUGCGUGACGAGUUGAGUAAACCACCUGGAAUGGGCUGCUUGCCAAUGCAAUCUCGUGACCUCGCUGGUCUGCUCAAGAUUCGGAUGGACCAUGAAACCGAGCGUGCAAAGAAGGGAAUUUGA